UGAGCGCGCCCGCGUGCGUUCGGGCUACGCGGGGAGACCCAAACGAGGAUGCGCGCUGAGCAUUUGCAUGUGCCAACCCCGCUGUGCGCCGAAUUCUGUGUGAAGGCCCUGUUGUUGUGGUGCUUGUGCUGCAAGUUCGCCUGGUGCGUCCUCGAGCCGCGGCAACCGGAUGCCUUUCGAACACCGGCGGACCUCAUCCGUAGCAAGGGCUACCACUGCCAGGAGUUCGCGGUCACCACGCAGGACAGCUACGUGCUGUCCAUGCAACGCAUCCCGUACGGCCGGGGGGUGAUUCCCUUUCCUCCGCCUCGGAGCCGAAGGCCACCCGUGAUUCUCGUGCACGGAUUCCUGUCUUCGGCCGUCGAGUGGGUCAUCAACUAUCCGCACCAGAGCCUAGGUUUUCUCCUCGCGGAUGCCGGCUACGAUGUAUGGCUGGCAAAUCUUCGAGGAACGCCGUAUGCGCGCCAUCACCUACAGCUCACCGAAGCAGACAAGAAAUACUGGAAUUUCGGGCUCGACGAAGUGGGCCUCUAUGACAUCCCGGCACUGGUAGACUACGUGCUCACCCUGACGGGAUGGAGCGAGCUCUUCUACGUGGGGUUCUCGCAGGGCAACGCGGCUGCCUGGGUCACGCUCUCCGAGAAGCCGGAAUACAACGCCAAGAUACGGCUUUUGCUGGCUUUGGCACCCAUUGGCAACGUGACCCACCUGAGGAGCCCCGCCAGGCACAUCACGCCGUGGUCUCCUCUUCUUACGGCGGCGCUGGUGAAGCUGAACCGCGGGCGAGUGUUGGUGCGCGAGCCGAGCCACCGGCACGCGUCGUACACCGUGUGCGACACCACGACGCGCAUGCGCUACCUGUGUUCGACGCCCGGCUUCCACUUCCUCGGCGUCAACCACGCGCAGCUGAACGUGACAAGAUUACCGGUAUAUAUGGCCCACUACCCGUCUGGCUCUUCGCAGAAGAACAUGGAACAGUUCUUUCAGAUUAGGAGAGCGAAGCAAUUCCGCAAGUACAGCUACGGCGCAUGGGGCAACCUGAAACGCUACGGUCAGCCCGCCCCACCAACAUACGACUUGUCAAACGUCAGGGUUCCUGUGGCCAUGUUCUCCAGCCUCGCCGACUACCUGGCGCCUCCCGAAGACGUGGCCGCUCUCCGUGCCAACCUGCGGCACGUACUGGUCUACGACUACGUAGUGCCCGACCCCAACUUCUCCCACCUGGACUUCGUGCUCGGCUUCCACGUCUACGAGAUCCUCUACAAGCCCAUGCUAGAGCUAUUGGACGUGUGGAGUCGGGACUACCUCGUGGUGUAACGAUACACACACACCGUGAACGUUGUUUUGUUGCUAAGUGAAGGCCGUGCUGGUUUGCCCAGAAAACUAUGCGACCGGUACUACAACUUGCGCUCGGAGACGCGUGUAAAACCGGCAAAACUCCGCUGUGAGAGCCUACGCUAAGUGGAGAACAGCGUAAAACUGCGGCGCUUUGAAUUUUGAGAACAAUCGCUUUUGCGUGUGGCGCUCUUUCAAGCCGUGCGCAAUCUGGUGUUCGUUUCAGGGUACCGCCACCGUCCAUCCCUCAGCAGCAUAUUCGCAGAGGCACUUUUCACGCCCACGUCAAAGGAAACUCGCCAGGACUCUACACAAUUUAGGGAGAAACUAUACCAGCGAAAACCAAAAAGCCUCGUGCGUACUCAAUGUUGCGUAAUUAAGAGUGUGACCGUGUACAUAACGUUUCAGGCUGCACCACUGGCUGAUUCCCGCUCAAAUUUUGCACUAAAUAGCAUUUUGCAGUCGCUUCACUUUAUUAUCCCAUUUGUGAGCAUCACGUGUCUGUUUUCUUCACAAUAAAGACGAUGUUCACGUCGUCGGCGUUGAGUCCACACAAAGUUCUCGAUUUUGCGGCGACGAAAGUGUGGCGCCAUCUGUAACCGAUAUGGCGGAACGCGUCGGUCGCUAAAACUGACAAUUUUACAUAGUGUCGCUGCCGCACACGACGCACACGCCGGCGUUAUUGUGAACUAAACUUCAGCAACUUCGACAAGUUGUGCUCGCAAAUGUGAUACGAAACUGAACCAACUGCAGAAUGCUGGCUAUGCAAAAAUAGGGUACAUCCGUGCACGCGCAACUCGGUGCGUCGGCGGCUGUUUGCGUGUGUGUAUGUUUACUUCUAAGAGAGAGAAACGAAAACGUGGAGUAGUAGUUCCAAUACCGUACAGCGUCCAGCUUUCUAUACCCUUACGAUAUGCAGCAUAGAAUCAUUGCAUUAUCAAUGAGGCAACAGAGCUCACCGAGUGCAGGUGGUGGAGUCUAAAAUGUACACAAAACGACCUGCACGGUGUAUCACACAUGAAGACACAGAGGAAACUGUUCCAGGUUUUUUUAUUGCAUUCCGCACUCCACUUUGGACAGUAUUCAAAAAUGCUCAUAUGCCGUUCUUUGGAAGUGUGUCUAAGAACCCCAGGUUGUUCAACAUAAAUCCGGAGCCAGUCACUACACCGCUCCUCAUGGCCUGUAUUGCUGAGGAACAUUAAAUCCCCCCAAUCGAUAAAUCAUUAUGUUCCACAGCGCCUCCAAAAUAUUUCGCCGGAUUCAGCGCGCGCCUCUCAAUUUAUUUAUUUUUUAUCAGUCUUUACUCUCUGAAAGCCCAGAAGCUCAGAAAUGAGUGAGUAAACCGUAUUGUAAAGAAAGUAGGAAGACUCUCUUCUGAAACCCUGAAUGAAAUGUGGUAAGACAACGAACAUUUCAUAAGUGCGCAAGAAAAGACUUCCGUAUUGACUUCUACCUUACAAGAAAUCUAUAGCUAUAGUUGUUGCAAUACACUUGUUUUGCCUCAGGGACACUUGUGUUGUUAUUUUUUACUCUUACUCCAACAUUUUUGUUGGAGCUGCUGUUCAGUAAAGCCAUCCCCUCAUGUAAACCCGUUCCAGAGUUUGUGAGCCAACUGAAUAAAUGGUUCUUUCUGGAAUGCUACUAUUGUGUAGGGUCAUCUGCAAAGCCUGGGAUCGA